UACACACACGCCACUAUCGCCGACGCGCCUCCGCCGACGAUCAGUGUGUGUCUCGAGGGUUAUGCCGUGACAUGAACGCCGGCGAAUCGUACAAGGUGCUCGUGCUGGGCGACUCGAACGUCGGCAAAACGUGUCUGAUGCACAGGUUCUGCGACGAGACGUAUUACGACACGUACAUAUCGACCAUAGGAGUCGAUUACAAACAAAAGAUAAUUCAGUUGGACGAAAAACCAGUAAAGUUACAAAUAUGGGACACCGCUGGACAAGAACGAUUCCGGACACUGACCACGGCGUACUAUCGGGGCGCAAUGGGUAUACUACUCGUUUAUGACGUAACGAAUCUAGAUUCAUUCGACCAUUUGACGUACUGGUUGAAGAACAUUCAAGAAAACGCUGCGCCGGACGUUAUCAAAGUUUUGGCUGGUAACAAAUGCGACAACGAGACAGUGAGAGCCGUGGAUAAAGCAGACGGAGAAAAAAUAGCAGAAUGCUACGAUAUGCCGUUUUUUGAAGUCUCAUGUAAGAUGGACGUCAACGUGGAAGAAGCGUUUCAGGCAUUGGCCAAAAUGAUUAAAGAACGUUCCCAAUACUCGGUGAGAAAUUAAUUAUUAUGAAAUAUG